ACCCAGGAGACCCACGACUCAGACGUGCAGUCCAAAGGAAAAUGGGGCAACAAAACCUGGCUACAGACCAUCUGAACCCAUUAAACAAACAGCUGAAGUAUCAAAACCUGUUGCAUUAACUGAUAAUAAAGCAAAAAAAAGUAUGCAGUCAACCGACAAAUUUGUAACCUCUGUGCUGCAUGGUGAGAGAAUGGAGAAAAUUGCUGAGGAGAUUCAAAAUGAAAACAUUGGAUUUGUGCUUUCUCAGAAUGAUAAUGCUCAAGUUACACCUGGCAUUGAAAAUGAAAAUUACCAAAGUGUUCCGAUAAAUACUAAAUCAGACCUGAACAAAACUGCUUAUAAUGGUGCUAAUACUAAAACAAAACCAUUUAGACCACAAGUAUCAAAUACACAAAUAAAUUCAACUAAGCUAACUGGAAUUACCCCCACAGAAAGAUUAACACGUGGCAAGAGAAAGAAAAAGUUAAUUCCUGCAGGCAAAAGGAACGAACUGCGCAAAGAGUCUUGCAGCCCCAAGGACGCUUCAGGGACCUUUGUGGCUGCAACCCAGAAAUUUGGGGCCGUUACUGGGGCCGACCCUUACAGGUUCACCAGUACCCAAUCUCAAAACCCAGAAGAACAUCCCAGAACACCAGUGUCCUCAAGAAAGAGGUCAAGAAGACUGCUGCACAAGAAAUCAGGCCUCAAGAAACUGAAGAUAGAUGCAUCAGCACCACAAACGAGCAGACAUCAAAUCACCAGCCCAGUGUUGACCAGUCAGAGCAGUGAUGUAAGCGUGACUACGAUUGGUUCACUGUCAUCCAUUCCAUCCUCAAUCAGCCAGUCAAGUCCCAGGAGAGAAACAACAUUGCUUUUAUCCAGUGGCUCCAGUAGACAGAGCGUUACGGACGAGAUCACAACUCGACUGUCUGGCAAGAGGCUGUCCAUAGAACAGUCGCUUCCGGACACGCUGCCCUUGCCUCACAGCGAGGAAGAAAAUUACCAACAAGUGCAUGUAGUGAUCGAGAAAGUGGAGCGGGUUUACAGAGAAAUCACCACUACCCGCAGAGUCAUCAGUUUAGACGGCCAGGUCUUGGACUGCACUAAGGAAGUGAAAAGGUUGGACCCUGUAGUAGUGGAGGAAACCACCCACAAGAAAGUUCAAUACCUGUAUCUGCCCUCGCCUUCACGCAGUGGGCAGUCAAUGACCUCUGGUGACCUUGGCGACAUCAGCUCCUCCCUCUCAAAGUCAAGUGUGUCAAGCGGGUCAUUGGGGUCAAAGGUCAGCCUGACCUCGCCCAGUCUGGAUCAUGCAGGCUCUUUGAACCCUCUUUCCAAUCAUCUGGAUAUGCAGGGUUAUGGAGACAAAGGUCAGAGCAGGUCACAGAGGCGGGAGAGUCUGGAAGAAAUAAAAAAAGAGCAGCCUAUACAAAAAACAUCAAAUACAAUGGAAGCUCCAAAACUUGUCCCAGCCAAGCAUCCUUCCCUUUCCACACACGAAGCACCCAAGAGAACCAGUACCAGUUCCAAGUCUUCCAGCCAUCCCACCACCCCAGAAGUGCCUGCCUCAAAAUCUGUCACCCCGGUAGUUCAGUCGGACCAAGACAGUUCAGGUGUUGGUACCCCGCUGGGUUCAACUAUCAACAAGACUGGAAGCUACCUUCACAGCCGCACAGUCAGUAUAGAGAGUCCACGUACAGUCAGCAUGAAUAGCCCACGCACAGCCAACAUCAACAGUCCACACACAGUCAGUGUGAAUAAUCCAGUCACAGCCAGCAUGAACAGUCCGCACACUUCAGAAUCACUCUUCUCUAGCAGCUCUGAUGACAACAGAAAGAAAUUGGAGGCAUCAAAAUCUCUCAGUGAUAAAGACCCCAGUAAGUCUGUUGAUACUGAAACUGCCAGCACAUCCAAAGCAGGAUACAAUGAAUCCAAGCAAAUCAGUGAAGUGAGCCCCCAGCAGGACCAGGCAGUCAGCUCCUCUGGGACCCCGCCUGACACUGUUACCAUGGUCACCAGCUCUGGAGAUACAGGUUGUCGUGUGUUGGCCAAAUGGAAGGACGGCUUCUUCUAUCCAGGCUGCCUUAAAUCCACACCAGACAGAUACACAAAGUGCUCUGUUAAGUUUGAUGAUGGGGACAGGAUGAACGUGAGGUCAUGUGACAUCCUGCUGAUAGAGCGUCUAGCCCCUGGCCAGAGUGUCAUGGUGCUCACACCAGCGGGGGACUUUGAAUACGGACUUGUGCUACAGCAGCACAGUGAUGGCUAUGUGGUGGAGACAGACGACAGCAAGGCUGGGAGAUACUCCUUCAGCCAAGUGAUCCUGUCCACAGACCAGGCAGCCUGUAUAGUGUCAGACAUGGGCAGUGUGGUAUUGAUACAGGGCAGUACCAACCCAGGGGCACCCAGGGAUGUAGGACAAGUCAGUUUAGAGAAUAUAGUGGACACACCAAGAAGAUCUGCCAAAAAGAAACCACCAGAAGAAGUAAAAAAGGAGGACACAGAGGUCAAAGGUCAAGGUCAGACUACUAGGGGCCUGAAGAGGAAGCUGGAUUCCCUGCAGCCCCAGGCCACUAGCACACCCACACCGAAAGGGAAAGGACCAUUGUCCCUUAGUAAACAACAAAAAGUUUCAGUGACUCCUAGCCCCUCAACCAGCCCCAUCAGAGGCAUACAAGACAGCCCCAGAGUUGCAGCAACCUCACCGCGAAAAACUAGAGUUGGUCUGUUCCCUACUGGGUUGGGACCGCUGCCAGGCGCGAGGCUGUUUGAGGGUAUCCACUUCCUGCUGACCCACGUUGAGAAGACUCCCCAGCAGGUGGCGGAGGAGAAGGAGGCCCUGAAACCUGCCCUGGAUACCUCCACUGAUGAAAGCUCUGCUGACGAGGAGCCAUGCACACCUUUUAACAAGGAUCAUCUAAAGACCCAGAUAGAGGCAGGGGGCGGAGUUGUGGUAGAAGAUCUCACAGAAGAACUGAUGUCCAGCGGUAGGCGGGUGGUUCUGCUGUCCUCCACAUACCAGCGCACUCUCAAGUACCUGCAGUGUUUGGCGGGAGGCGUUCCCUGUAUCAGUCACAUGUGGGUAGUGGACAGCUGUACUGCACAGGAACUCCUUAAUGAGACUAUAUACCUAUUGCCUGCAGGCAUCAGUCUGGAGAAACACAGACUCAUGGAGUGGAAUAAGAGAAACGACGUGUUCAUAGGCAUCAAAGCAGUGGUGCACUCAAAGAACACCAGAUUUGUCGACUCAUGGUCAGCCAUUUUGAAACUGGGCAAGUGUCAAGUGUAUCCACAACAACAGCUCACAGACGUGCAUGUCAUGGUCACAGACAGUACUUGUUCUCCAGCACUGGAGAGGCAGGCACGAAAGAAGGAGGUACCCCUCGUGUCUACAGAGUGGGUCAUACAGUCGUUAAUCAAUGGGAAAGUAGCUGGUUAUGACGUUCACCCGAAGUACAGGCAUGAUUUCAGUGUUUGAAGUUUCUGUACUUUGAACCAAUGUAUGGGUACUUUAUCAUGGUACAGAAGGUAUAUAUUAUAUGUAGGGUGUGUCUGUAUGGAAAUUGAGAGUCAUAUGGUUCAAAAAUUUCUUUCUCUGUGAACUGCAUUACUAAACUUGCACAGGUGCAAUUUGUGAAGAUGAGUAUUGUGUUAAAUAUGAUUAAUGAAAGUACUUUGUUUUUGUAUAUAAUAUCAGAAUCUUUAUGCAAGGUAUAUGAUAAAUUGUUGAAUUUUCUUUUGACUGUCUCAAUUUUGUUCUCGCACAGAAUAGAUUUCUUAAAUCUAAUAUCAAUGCUUAUUGUCCGACCUUGAAUCAGCCUUUUAUUACAUAAAGUACAGGUUAUAAAAUAAUAUGUUCAAAUAAAAUACUCCUGUUUUCAGGGGUGGUGAAAAUUCAUACUUAGCUCACAUGUCUUAUGUUGAAAAUUGCCAUGUAAAACUUGUCAGCAAAGGAAAUAUAUGAGCAGCAUUCUGUGAAGACUGUGCUUAUUGCAUGUGGGUAAUCAAGGACAACAUGUUCUGCCUUAACUGGAUCUUACUUUAACCUUUCUCACUCAGAAGCAAAGUGAAAAUGGCUAUGUGCAAACAGCAUAAAACCAGUAACAGCCUGCGAGUAACUCGCAGUCUGUUCAGGUUUUAUUCUGUUUGCUACUCAUCAGUAUCUAAGGGUUGCAAAUAAAGCCUUUGUAACUUGAAUAUAUUUAGAAAGGACUUCAAAUGUGUCAAAGUGCAUUUCUGGGCAGUAAAGGGUUAAGUAGAGAUUUCGUUUAAAUUCCAUAAAAAGGGAAAGUGUUGUCCGUGAUAAGACAAUGCAAACUGCACAGGCUUUCUUGGAUAUCACUAUGCCCAUGCUUUAAGCCCUGUUUUUUCAGGUGGUUGCUUGAGGUGUUUGCAGUUUCACUUUUUUCCACUGUAAUGAAUUACUUUGAAAUUGUGUAUGGUUCUUGGAAUACCUGCUGCUGUUUUCUAUUUUCUGUUUUAUUUUUCUGAAUCUGUUUAAAAUAUUUGAAAAACAGACAAACAUUUUAAGUCUGAUCUUUGUCUGUUUUUACCUUUAAGUUUGUGUUAAAGAAAUACUUACCAACUUAGUGCCAUAAGUUAGUGUAAUAACUCUUAGUUGAAUGAGUGUAAUAACUCUUAGUUGAAUGAGUGUAAUAACUCUUAGUUGAAUGAGUGUAAUAACUCUUAGUUGAAUGAGGUAAUUUUAGGUGCUCUUAUUUCCUCUUUUAAUUGUUGUUAUAAUGAUUGCAAUAUGUCUAACAAAAUGUGACUUUUAAAAGUGCAUACACAUCAUGCAUGUUCUAGUUUUAAUAUUUUUAUAUCUUCAGAAUUUUUUGGCAAAUUUUUUAUUGAAUUUUAUUCAUUAGUUAUAACUUACAAUCAAAUAUAGUGCAUGUAAUACAAUUGUGUGUGUUGUGGGAAAUGCUGAUUUUAAUUCUUAUUUUCUUAAAAUAUUUUUUAAGCAUUCCAUUGUCCUAAUGUUUUUAACCAUAUCUCUUAUAAAGGAUGGAUGUUAUUUUUGAUAAUAUAAAAGGGUUUCUAACUGUAGAUGCGAUAAAUAUAUUGGGUUAUGGGCCUUCAGUAAUUGUUGGUUUGUUCCUAAGUAAAAUGUCUGGUUAAAUAAUAUAAUACAUGUAUUGAUAAAUUUUUGUGUCGAGCCCCCUUGCUUGAUAUAUUAGUUGAAAUGGUCGAGUGUAUGUUUGUAGCAUUUUACAAUAUCAAAGUUUUUCUGGACCAUUGAUCGUGCAAAUUUCAAAUAACAUAUCACCAAGACAAGAAAAACAUGUUAAGUGCAAUACCUUUUGUCUCCUUACCACAAUGAUCAAGGGCACACUUAAAGGUCAAAAGUUAAAUUAAAGGGCAUAUACAGCUUGUAUGGACUCAAAUAACCAGCAUGAGGAGACCGCAUGGAUCAUUUACCACCUGUCUCCCUACCUAGAGGUCAAGGUUACAACUCUUUGUCAAAUGUCAUGUGUGGCCAAAGGUCAAAGUUAUAUCUCUAUGUAAAAUUUCAUGUGGCCAAAGAUUGAGGUUACAUCUUUAUUUCAAAUGUCAUGUGGCCAAAGGUCAAGGUUACAUCUCUAUGUCAAAAGUCAUAUGUGGCCAAAGGUUGAGGGCACAUCUCUAUGUCAAAAGUCAUAUGUGGCCAAAGGUUGAGGGCACAUCUAUAUGUCAAAAGUCAUAUGUGGCCAAAGGUUGAGGGCACAUCUGGUGUGACACCCAUCUUCCGACUUCAAUGGUCAAGGUCACUCCUAAUGGUGAAGGUUUUAUUCAGCCAUGAAAAGAGCUUGUCCACACUGUUUUUUCUUCAUUCGUCAUGCAAAGGUCAGGUCGGAACUUAUCUUUGGCUAUGCAAUUUUAAAUACUUUACCAAAUGUGUUCACCAUUUUGCCUGUUAGACUCAUGUGCCCAGCUCCAAUGUCAAAGUGACAUUUAGAGGUCAAAGGUCACAUUUGAGCAGUAAACAUCUUGUCCAGACUGCAACUUAUUUAUUCACUAUACAAUUAGUAAAAGUUAUUUCCAAAAACGUUCACCAUGUUGAGAUUGCAUGUCAUGCGUCAUUCCUUAUGCAAAAGUCAAAUGUAAAACAUGUGCAUGGUGAAGCUUGUUAGCUGCGUUCUAAUAAAACUGGGCAUAAUUCAUGUGCGGAAAGUGUCGUCCAAGAUUAGCCUGUGCACUCUGCACAGGCUAAUCAGGGACGACACUUUCCGCUUUUAUGACAUUAUUGUUUAAAUGAAGUCUCUUCUUAGCAAAACUCCAAUUUAGGCAGGAAAGUCCCUGGGACGACACUUUACGCACAUGCAUUAUGCCAAGUUUUCUCAGAAUGCGACUCAAAUGCUGCCAGCAUCUAUCCAGCUAGUUCAUGUUUUUAUGCUGUGUUUGAAAAAAUGUACUUAAUGUGUUCAGUUUUAACCUGGGUAAUCAUUAUUUUCUUUCAGUUCAUUUUAUACUUCAGUAAAAUGUAUUCCAUUCAGUUCAUUACAUGUUUCAGUAAACUAUAUUUUAUUGUAGAGUUUUCAUACAUUAUUUAGGUCAACAUUCUGAUCUCUUCACUAAUCAUGUCAUAUCAUUAAGUUGUUUUCAUAUGUCACAUAAAAAAAAGGUUAAUAAAUUGAAACAGAACAAUA